UAUUGAUGUUAAAUUACUCAUUUUGAAGACAAAAAAAAAUAAAAAUAAAGAGUGAUAUUCUCGUCAUGUCUAGGUUUUUCCAUUCCUACCUUUACUCUCGAUCAUAGUUUUCCGUGAAUAUCUGAGACAAAAGUUGCUCUGUGGAAAUCCUGAGUUUUGUUAGGAAAAUGUUCAUCAGCAAGCGUCCAAUGCGUAGUGAUGUUAGAAUUGUGAGGGGAGACGGAUGCAAAGAAAGAGAUCAAAUUCUCAUUCAUAAUCAAUUUGAUUCAUCAUGCCAAGCAAGCUCAGGAAGGCAAUUGGAGCUGUGAAGGACCAAACAAGCAUUAGCCUAGCCAAGGUUACCCAUGCAGCCAAUCUUGAUGUCAUAAUCCUGAAAGCCACAACCCAUGAUAAAAACCCCAUUGAAGAGCGGGAAGUCUUCCGUGAAAUGAAGAGGGGUGCCAAAAUUCUCAACCUUUCAGGUUUCAAGGAUGACUCCAAUUCUAGCCCUUGGGAUUACACCGCAUUCGUUAGAUUAUUUGCUUUGUACCUCGAUGAACGCUUGGAUUGCUUCCUCACUGGAAAGCUCCAACGGCGAUUCAAGCAUCACAACCGCUUUCACCAGAUGAACCAGGUGACCAAGAAGUCUAAUGAGCCAUGUAUCAAAGACAUGAAACCCAUAAUGGUGCUUGACAGAAUUUCUCACUGGCAAAGGUUAUUGGAUAGAGCCAUUUGCAUAAAGCCUACAGGGUCAGCCAGGACCAACCGCUUGGUUCAGAUUUCUGUUUAUGCUAUUGUACAAGAAAGCUUUGAUCUUUACAGGGAUAUCUCUGAUGGGCUUGGUGUUGUCUUGGAUAACUUUUUCCAUUUGCCAUUUUGGGCUUGUGCUGAAACAUUCAAUGCUAGCGUUAAAUCCUGCAAGCAGUUUGAUGACUUAUCAGCUUUCUAUUCUUUUUGUGUGAGCAUUGGAAUUGGAAGGUCCUAUGACUACCCCAGAGUGCAAAAGGUCUCUGAAGAACUUAUGGAAACAUUGCAUGACUUCUUCAGAGACCAAGCUUUUAUCUCCACGAAUAAUAAUUCAAAGCCCCUCCAUUUUCCUCCACACAAGGAUCUUAAAGGCUCAAGUUCAUCCCAUGAUGAGGGUAUGGAAAGAUGCGAGACACUUGAAAGUUUGUUUGAAACAGAAUCCGAUUUUGGGUCACAGUGUACAUCGUUGAAAGAUCUCAUGAGUGCUACCGACGUUUCCCUUAGUCCUAGGAGAUCACUUGAGGAAGACAUGAAUUCGGAGCAAUCAGACAAUGAUGAGAAAGAAUCGAUAUCUGAUGGUUAUGUUAGUGCAAAUAGUUUUGCUUCUGCCACAUCAUUUCCAUUUCAUCAAACAUCAAGGUCGAGUUUGGAUGCUGUAAGUUUUGAUGAAUUGCCUCGGGAACUGCAUCAAAAUCAAACGAAUGAUUGGGAGCAACAAAAUCAAACAAAUGAUUGGGAGAAACAAAAUCAAACAAAUGAGUGGGAGCAACAAAAUAUCCAAGCAGUUUCCAAUAAUAUCACCAAAGAUUGUUGGGAGUUAGUUUUGGCAAAGACAGUAACUGCACCUGCUGAAACAUCACCCAAAUUGACAAAUGGGAUGAUCCCAUUUGUCACGUUGUCUGAUCAACCUUUGGUUCCUCAACACAACUACAAUCCGUUCCUGGAUGACACAGUGAAUGUUGCUCCAUUUGCAACAACUGGUGAUAAAUUCAUUGAUGUGGCACCAACAUUUAAGGCAACAACUCAAGCCAACCUUUAUGCACAGGAUCUUAUUGUACCAACCAUCUCAGAUCAAAGUUCCAGUUCAGUUGAAAAUCCCGAUCUAUCUUUUGGUUACAUGUAUCCAAAUGAGACAUCAAAGGAUCUCACUUCUUUAGAGACCAACAUAACAGUGCCAUCAAUUUUUACAAAACCAAGUUUCCAAACUCGAUGCUCUUUUAUGAACGAUUCAUUUCCAACAUUUCAAGAGCACAGGUCAAAUAUUGAUGCCAUAAUAGAAACACCAACUCUUCCUACUCUUCAGAAUCCUAACCUAGGUUUUAUUCCCUUACACUUCAAAGACCAGAAUUUUUAUGCUUCAGCAAUGCCACCAACAUUUAGUGCAAAGGAUUACAAUGGGAAAACAUUGGCAACAUCAAUAGAGAAUGAUCUUUUUGGAACAUGGCCCGGUGAAAAUACCAAUGAACUAACUUUAAAUGUAUCAAUGCAAGAGGAUACUUUAUUGCGGCAACAACAACUUUGGUUGGAGCAACAACAUAGUAUCAUAUCAAAGCAUUCUAGUUCAGUUUUCAAAUAAGAAUGAUUGGGCAUUGAAAUUUUGUAAAAAUAAAUAAGUUAAUGACAAAGUUUUUAUCUAGUUCUUUUUCAUUCCUUUCUCUAAUUUGUGCAAUUUCUUUUCACAAUCAAAUCUAGAGUUUCUAAACAAAGGGUUGUGUUUCACAUAUGGAGUUUAGAACUACU